CCGGACAGACCCGGACCCGGACCCAGCCGCCAGGCCAGCUCCCCCGCGCUCCGGCUCUGCGCACCCUGCGAGAACCUUCUCCGCACCAGGGAAGCCCCACCCACCUGAAGCCAAGAUGUCCAGCAAGCGGGCCAAGGCCAAGACCACAAAGAAGCGGCCACAGCGGGCCACGUCCAAUGUCUUCGCCAUGUUUGACCAGUCCCAGAUCCAGGAGUUCAAGGAGGCCUUCAACAUGAUCGACCAGAACCGUGACGGCUUCAUUGACAAGGAGGACCUGCACGACAUGCUGGCCUCGCUGGGGAAAAACCCCACGGACGAAUACCUGGAGGGCAUGAUGAGCGAGGCGCCGGGGCCCAUCAACUUCACCAUGUUCCUCACCAUGUUCGGGGAGAAGCUGAACGGCACCGACCCCGAGGACGUCAUCCGCAACGCCUUCGCCUGCUUCGACGAGGAGGCCUCAGGCUUCAUACACGAGGACCACCUGCGGGAGCUGCUCACCACCAUGGGGGACCGCUUCACAGACGAGGAGGUGGACGAGAUGUACCGCGAGGCGCCCAUCGACAAGAAGGGCAACUUCAACUACGUGGAGUUCACCCGCAUCCUCAAACACGGCGCCAAGGACAAGGACGACUGAGCCCUCCUCGGCGCCUGGCCCCUCCCACCAGCCCCGCCCCCGCCCACUUCUGCACCUGCGCCACCCCACGGCCCUCCAGGACACACUCAGCACCCUUCCUGCCAGGGCUGGGGUCGCAGCUCCCAUGGAGGGCUCCGGCCAGGGGAAGCGCAGUGCCGGGCAAGGGCACAGGCCGGCCACGCCGAGGCAGGCGCCGCACCCCUCAGGGAAGGGCCAUCCUCUGGGGAGACAGACCAGGAGGCCCAGGAGAGAGCUGGGGCCUGCCCACCCCUGGGCUGCCCGGGGGAGGAAGGAGCCCUGCGUCCUGGCGUCCAACACGUCACUGCACCCCUCACAGUUUCCCUCCCAUGCCCUGUGGGCCCCCAGAGCACAGCGCACGCCCCCAGGGAGGGGGCUCACAGGGGCUUGUCCGGGAUGUUUGUCCCCGGGGAGGCGGGGUCUCCAAUAGAAGCUGAGCACUG